GGUAGUUGGCAUACCCAGCAGCCUGUCUAUACUCAGUACAAAGUCCGUGGGAGAGAACCGCACCCUUGGGGAGAAUGGACAGGCAGCUUCCCUUUCUCCAGCUGGGCCUAUGCCCACCCGGCAGAUAGCGCCUGUGGGAGCACCCGCCUCCUUCCAGCCUCAUAAAAGCACCCCCAGGGUCUUGCCUGGGUCAGUGUCAAGGCCACGGCGGCAUCAUGGCAGACCGCUCCCUGCAACUGGUGGUUCUGAUCCUCCUCGGGACAGCCUUGUGUGCGGCACAGCCACGUGGCCGGAUCCUGCGCGGCCAGGAGGCUCCAUCCCACUCCCGGCCCUACAUGGCAUCCGUGCAGGUGAACGGCAAGCACGUGUGCGGAGGCUUCCUGAUAGCAGAGCAGUGGGUGAUGAGCGCAGCGCACUGCCUGGAGGACGUGGCCGAUGGGAAGGUGCAGGUCCUCCUGGGCGCGCACUCCCUGUCGCAGCCGGAGUCCUCCAAGCGCCUGUACGAUGUGCUCCGCGUAGUGCCCCACCCGGGCAGCCGGCCAGAGACCAUCGACCACGACCUACUCCUGCUGCAGCUCUCUGAGAAAGCCGUGCUAGGCCCUGCCGUGCAGCUCCUGCCAUGGCAGCGCGAAGACCGCGACGUGGCUGCGGGCACUCUCUGCGACGUGGCGGGCUGGGGCGUGGUCAGCCACACCGGCCGGAAACCCGACCGCCUGCAGCACCUACUCCUGCCGGUGCUCGACCGCGCCACCUGUAACCUGCGAACGUAUCACGACGGCACCAUCACAGAGCGAAUGAUGUGCGCGGAGAGCAACCGCCGGGACACCUGCAAGGGCGACUCCGGAGGCCCGCUGGUGUGCAGCAGCGUGGCCGAGGGCGUGGUCACCUCGGGCUCGCGGGUCUGCGGCAACCGCAAGAAGCCCGGUAUCUACACGCGCUUGGCGAGCUACGCGGCCUGGAUCGACAGCGUCAUGGCUGAGGGCGCAGCCGCCUGAGGAGCCCCUGAGACGCUGCGGCCACGGGGCCCGAGCAAUAAAAUCAUCCAU